AUGGGUGCAAGCCAAGAUCAAGUCGAGAUUCAGAAGGCCGAGGUUCCGCCACCGAAGGUGGAACAAGAGACAGCAGUUGCGCCACCACUGCCAAUUCCCCAAGUCCCCGACACGACCACCGGCGACUCUAAGGCUGACUCUUCUACAAAGAAGACUAAGUCAGAGAAGACCAAGCAAGGCAAGAAGAAGACCAAGAAAUCCAAGAGCAAGAACAUCGAUUCAUCCGCUUCCGAUAGCGAUGCAGACAGCGAGUCGGAAGAUAGCACUGAUGACGAGAAAGAGAACCGCAAGAAGAAGCGGAAAGAGGUGGCUAAGAAGACAGCAGUGAAAAAGAAGGCGACGAAAGGGAGAGCCGGUAAGAGUAAGAGUAAGAGCAAAAGCAAGAGCAAAAGCAAGAAGAAGGGCAGGAAAGUAGACUUGAGUGAUCACUCCAGCGAUAACUCAUCAAGCGACUCCUCGGACUCAGACGCCGACUCCAGUUCAAAUUCGGACUCGGAAGAUACGAAGAAGAAGAGCCGACGCAAGGCUGCGAAGGCAAAAGCCAAAGCCAAGUCCAAGAAGCAGAAGAAGACCAAAAAAAUCGAGAGCUCGACUGACGGUAGUGACUCGUCCUCAUCAUCCUGCUCCUCCAGCUCUUCCAGCAGCGACUCUGCCACUGAUUUUGACGAUGUGAAGGCCAAGCGCAAACGUGCCACAGCUAAACGCAAAGUCAGGCAACUCGUGGAAGAUGAUGGCUCUGCAUCUGAGGGUCCGGUGACAGUCCAUACUAGUGACAGCAGUGCUCCACCUCUUCCCCACGAUGACAUCAAUACCCAGGUGACGAAGGUGAAUGCAAUCCUCCAAAACCUCAAGAUGCAACAACUCGCCGCAGUGACUGCCGCAACUGCUGGUAUCACUCCGCCAAUCCCGAAGGCACCAGUCAAGAAGAAUACGCACGAGUUCAAGCGCGUCGAUCAAGUCUGGGACACCAAACUCCGUGACUACAAGCUCAUUGAGAGCACGGCCGAGCAAAAGGAUGAGUUUGAGUGUGUCUUCACUGUGCGCCGACGCUUCAACUGGGAAGGCAAACUCGGUGAGACACUCGUAGACAUCAAGUCCAAAGCAUUGAGGGGCGUUUUGCAAGUCGUCCUGAAGGAGUGCAAAUGUGUCAGUCUCGUUGAAGACAUACCUGAGAUCGACCCACAUAUCCUGUAUCACUAUUACGACGAAAUCAAGAAGUACGCGAGGAAGACAUUGAAGCCAAAGCUCAAGCGUGCCAAGAAGGCGAAAGACCAGAAGCAACUUGCACAGGAGGUUGCCCAAUGUAAGUUGCUCUUGGGAUACAUCGACAAGGACUUCGCUGCGACUAGAAAGGCUCUAAAGCCGUUGCUGAAAGCAGGCACCAUCACUUAUGACCUAACCUGGGCGCUGUUCAAGCCGAACAUCAUUGUGUACACUCCUACAUACGGCAAUAAAGAGGACCCGAGGUGUUUUAGGGUCGAACAGUGUUCUGAGUAUGAGAGCUGGCUGAGCGGCGCCAAGUCUUGCUGCAUCGAUGGCAAAUACCUCGAGUAUGACGGUCAGACGUUUGGGCUUGGCGAUCACCAGGCCGAGAUCAAGUCUUUCAAGGGUCACAAGAAGAUCACCAGCAUGGUCGCAUACCCACUGAAGUAUCACAAAGACCCUAAGGGUAUCAGAGCACUCUUGAUAGAGCGAGGCAAGAAGUUCAUUGCACUCCAGGGUAUGAACUAUCGCUUGCAGAAGGGCAUCGCCUACCAAAAGGUGAAGAACAUGAUCGCUAAGUAUAAUAUUAACGGCCGUAUUAUGGUUGAUCCUGCAAUCUUCCGCCGCAUACAGCCAAAUUAUCCUCUCUCCUACAUCAAGCCGGACGAGUUGAAUCGAGAAGAUGAGGAGGCUGAGGAUGCGAUGAGCGACGAUUGCUGUUGUUCAAGUGAGGAAGAUGAUGGCCUGUCAGAGAGCGAGAAGCCUGAAAAAGACCCAAUGCGUGUUGUCAUGUGGAAAGACAGCAAGGGUAAGAAGCAUCUUCUUCAGGUGCCCCAGAGCAUGAUCGAUGCCGAAAACGGUGUCGGUAACAACGAGACCACCAAACUCGAGAUUGACGACGAGGGCAAUAUGGCCAACCACAUCUUCACUGAAGAGGAACUGUUGAUCGCUUCUCCUGUCGUCUUGGGCUUCGCGUUCUCCGAGAAGCUAUGGCUCGAGUUCUCACUCUCUGGUAUAGAGGACAUCCAAUGGAACGCCGAAGCAUUCGGCUCACUAGUUUUACCGGACAAAAUCAAGUCCAACCUUAAGGGCCUUGUCUCUUCCCAUCGUUUCAACGCCGCCCGCACCAUUGACGAUGUCAUCCAAGGCAAAGGCAAGGGUCUCAAUGUUGUACUGCACGGCCCACCAGGAGUCGGCAAGACACUCACCGGCGAGUCGAUCGCAGAGUACCUCAAGUGCCCUCUCUACGCCGUCUCAGCUGGCGAACUUGGUACCAACUCCGGCAGCCUCGAACGCGACCUAAACCGCAUCAUGGACAUCACGCACUCAUGGGGUGCGAUCCUGCUUCUCGACGAAGCCGACGUAUUCCUCGAGGCGCGCAUGCCGCACGAUAUCCACCGUAACAGUCUCGUCUCGGUCUUCCUGCGUCUUACGGAGUACUACCAGGGCAUUUUAUUCUUGACUACCAAUCGCGUCGAGACUUUCGAUGAGGCCUUCCAGAGCAGGAUCCACAUGGGCAUCCGCUACGAAAGCCUCAAACCUGCGGCGAGGAAGAGGAUCUGGCAGCACCACAUCGGUAAGGUGGAGAAGAUGGCUGUUACCGAGAGCAAAAAUAGGGAGGGCGAUCAGAAUGUGAAGACUUUCACAGAAGAUGACUUCAAUGAGUUGGCGAAGAGGAACCUGAACGGUCGACAGAUCAAGAACACGGUCAAGACUGGCCAAUCUAUCGCGCUGUCGGAAGAAGUGGCGUUUAGUAUGGAGCAUCUCAAGCGUGUGCUUGAGGUUGCUCAGGCUUUCGAGGACGAUAUGCGUGGUGGGAAGGGUUAUCGCGAUGCCAUGCAGCACUACACCUAA